UGAUCAUAACCUCCAAAAUAUAAAAAUAUUUGCUGGCGGUUCUUAGGUUAAAUUCGUUAAGUUUUUUUAAUUGAUUGUAUACUAUUUAAUAUUUUUAAAAUGUCUUGGCCAGAAGUUUCACUUGCUAAAGCGGAAAAAAGACACGAAAUUGUGCUGUCAGGUUCAACAAUAAGUGCAAGAAUUCAAAAGGACGGCGUAGAUAACGAAUUAUUUGCUUUGAUCGGCUUAAAUUAUUUGAGUUUAACGGACACAUGCUUGGAUAAGGUUUCUAGUAACAUUAGUUGUUUGUCAAAUUUACAAACCCUCGUUUUACAUUCGAAUAAAUUAACAGAGAUCACCUCAGAAAUAACAGAACUAAGCAAACUAAAAGUGCUCGAUUUGUCUCAAAAUCAACUCAAAAGUAUUCCAGAAAACUUGUCAGACUUGAAAGAACUGGUUUCUUUGAACGUGUCAUUUAACAAAUUAGAGAAGUUUCCUAAGUUUUCUAAUAAUCCCAAACUAAGCACAAUAAAUGCUGCUAACAACAACCUGAUAGAUUUUUUGGACGUUUGCUAUCCAGAAAAUGUGCACCUUUCUGAGAUUAAUGUUAGUGGUAAUGAAAUUGAAAGUAUUUCAUCUAACAUUUUUGUUUUGGCUUCACUUAAAGUCCUGAAAAUUAAUGCAAACAAAGUGAAGAUAAUACCUGGCGAGCUUGCAGACUGCAGUAAAUUGAAAGAACUUGAUUUGAAAGAUAAUCCAAUCAGUGACAAACGAUUACUAAAGAUGGUAAACCAAUGCCAUUUUAAACAAAUUAUAGAUUAUAUAAGGCAGCAUUGUCCUAGAUCUAAAACAGAAAUUAGUAAUGGUAAAGUUGGCAAGAAGAGUAAAAAAAACACUAAGAACAAAAAGGACAGUGAAUCGAGUGAUACUAAAGAAGAAAUAAGCAAAGAAAUCAAAUAUAAAGUGCAUGUAGAGAGAUGCACAGAUGACUGCCUUAAAAUUAUAAUUGAUCCAGAAGUUAAAGAAAUUAGAGCACACAUAAUUGCAUGUAUUGUACGCAACAUUGAAUUUACCGAAGAUUUAUUCAGAAAAUUCAUCCAGUUACAAACCAAACUGCACGAUUCAGUAUGUGAUAAAAGAAAUUCAGCAACCAUUGCUACACACGACUUAAAAAAAUUGCCCCCUGGCAGUUUAAAAUACACCGUAAAAACACCAGAAGAAUUACAAAUAAAACCCCUAAAUAGAACUGUGAUAAUGACUGGAAAGGAAUUGUUUUCAAAGCUACAGGCAGAGGCAGACGCUUUAAGAAAAGAAAAGAAGAGGAAUACGUAUUCAGGAAUUCACAAAUUCUUGUACCUUCUCGAGGGGCGCAAAAAAUAUCCGUGCUUCUUAAAUGCGACCGGCGAAGUGAUAUCUUUUCCACCAAUUACAAACAGUGAUAUAUCGAAGAUGACCCUUGACACAAAGGACUUAUUGUUAGAAGUAACGAGCAACGUUUCUCAGCCGAUAUGUAAGAGAGUAAUGGAUAAUUUAAUAAAAGAAAUGGUUCUUUUAUUCGAUCAUGAUCUAAAAAUAGAACAAGUUAAAAUAGUAGACGAUGAAGGUAAUUUAAAAGUAAUUUAUCCUGCUAAAAAUGACUUGGUAUUUGAUAACAGUAUUCCGAUAGCUGUAGAAUUACAAUAACACCUUUUUACUUGUAAGAUGUAAGUAAUUUAUUUUUAUUGCGAUACAUACCUACUUAAUUACCUACAUUCAAUUAGAAUUUUUGUUAAUUUUCUCUCUUAUUAUUAUCAUCAUCUAAUGAUUUCAUUAGGAUAUUAAGUAACCAAUAAUUAAUUAUUUCAGCUUCAAUUACUAUACAAGUAAUUAUACAAAAUAGUCUUGUUGCUUUUGUCAUUUUGAGCUAAUAAAAUAGUUAAAUAAAUUGUAUUAUUAUUUAACAACUUGCAGCAUUGUUACGUUUUUAAUGCCUUGAAUAAAAAAAUAUAAACACA